GGGCGGGGCCGACGGCGCUGGGCGAUCGGAGCUUGCCGCUCCUGGGCUGCUCUGGCGCUGAGGCGGCAACCGGGAGGCAGGGCGUGAGAGGCUCGCCUGGCGCUGUCCAACAUGGAGGAGCGGCUGGCCGCGGGCGUCGCCUGCGGACCGGACUGAGCCGGCGCCGAUCCCCGGGGCAGCCGAGAGGAAGUGCAGCCCCCAGGGCUGUGCACCUGCACGCUUCGGGGCGGACCCCGGCUGGCGGGGCUCGGGCGGCCGCAGGUUUCUGCACCGGGACGUGUCCCGCCGAGCCAUGGGCAACGAGGCGAGCUUGGAAGGGGAAGGGCUCCCCGAAGGACUGGCGGCAGCCGCAGGCGGGGCUGGCGGCUCGGGGAGCGCCCUGCACCCCGGGAUCCCAGCCGGCGUGGAGGCGGACCUGAGCCAGCUGAGCGAGGAGGAGAGGAGACAGAUCGCUGCCGUCAUGUCAAGGGCGCAGGGGCUGCCCAAGGGAAGCGUCCCCGGGGCCGCUGCGGAGUCGCCUUCCAUGCACAGGAAACAAGAGUUGGAGAGUAGUCAGCCUCCCAAGCAACCAGGAAAGCCACCGGACCCUGGGCGUCCCAUUCAGCCUGGACUCAGUAAAAGUAGAACUACAGACACGUUUAGGCCCGAGCAGAAAUUGCCUGGAAGGAGUCCGUCCACUAUUAGCUUGAAAGAAUCAAAGUCCAGAACUGAUUUUAAGGAAGAGUACAAGUCUAGUAUGAUGCCUGGUUUUCUUUCAGAUGUUAACCCUUUAAGUGCUGUCUCCUCUGUGGUAAAUAAAUUCAACCCUUUUGAUUUGAUAUCAGACUCUGAGGCAUCCCAGGGGGAAACUACAGGGAAACAAAAAGUUGCUCAGAAGGAUCAAGGGAAAUCAGAAGGAAUCACAAAACCCCCCUUACAGCAGCAGUCACCCAAGUCAGUUCCUAAACAAGAGCCAGUGAAGGAAGUGAUACAGCAGGACAGCUCUCUCAAGUCAGCAUCGUCUCAACAAACAGAAAAAAUAAAACCACAACCCUCCAGCCCAGGAAAGCCUUCCCAGGCAUCUUCCCAGCCCCCACAUAUGGACCAGGCAAAGCUACCUAUUCAAAGAGAUGCAGCCAGGCCACAGACUAAAUCUUCAGACCCAGGAAAGCCUUCCCAGCAGAGCCCAGCCAAAACACCAGCUCAGCAACCAAGUCCUGGGAAAUCUGUAACCCAACAGCCUGGACCUGCGAAGGCCUCAGUCCAACAGCCAGGGCCAACAAAGUCCCCAGCUCAAGCAGCAGGGACAGUGAAACCUCCAGCCCAACCUCCAGUAACAUCCAAGCCCUCAGCACAGCAGGCUGGAGUCGAGAAGACUUUGCCUCAGCAGCCUGGGCCAAAGUCUCUAGCUCAGGCUCCUGGUCUUGGAAAACUUCCACCGGGGCCACUAAAGUCCCCAGCCCAGCAGCCAGGGACAACAAAAUCCCCAGCUCAACAGCCUGUCCAGCAGCCUCUGGCUAAGGUACCAGGGUCAGCAAAGACUCCAGCUCAGCAAUCUGGACCUGGAAAGACACCAGCUCAACAACAAGGCCUAGGGAGGCUUUCACCUCAGCAGCCCAUUCCAGCAAAGCCUCAGCCUCAGCAGCCUACCCCAGCAAAGCCCCAUCCUCAGCAUCCCGCCCCAACAAAACCCCAUUCUCAACAGCCUGCUCCAGCCAAACCUUCAGCUCAACAGCCUACUCCAGCAAAGCCCCAGCCCCAACAGCCCACUCCAGCAAAACCCUCAGCUCAGCAGCCAGCUCCAGCAAAACCCUCAUCUCAACAGCCUGUGAAACCAAGCCAAAUGGUAACUGGGAGACCUCUGCAGCCACCACCACCAUUGGCAGCUCAGACUUCAGGACAUGAUCUCUCUAAAACCAUCUGUCCCCUUUGCAACACCACUGAACUUCUGUUGCAUAUUCCAGAAAAGGCCAAUUUUAACACAUGCACUGAGUGUCAGACCACCGUCUGUAGCCUCUGUGGUUUUAACCCCAAUCCUCACUUAACUGAGAUCAAAGAAUGGCUCUGUUUAAACUGUCAGAUGCAAAGAGCUCUAGGAGGUGAACUGGCUCCAAUCCCAUCCUCACCACAGCCCAGUCUGAAGACUGCCUCUGUACCUCCUGCAGGAGCAGCCAGCAAACCACCUGUACCUCCAUCCCAGCCAGCAUCUCCAAAGAAUGAACCUCCACACAAGCAGGACAGCCCCAGAGCCCCUGAGUCAAAAAAGCCAGCCCCACUGGUGAAGCAGCCCACUCUUCAUGGACCUGCCCCAGCUACAGCCCCAAAGCCUUCGGUGGCAGAGUCCACACCUGAGCCAGCCCUUCCCAGGGAGCCUUCAGCGCUCCUACCAGAAGAAGCCAAGGACCCUGUUCCAGAUGUUAAACCAAAGCAGCCCAAGAUGGCAGAUCCGCAAGCAGAUGUCCAGUCCUCCGUAACAGCGACAAAACAGCCUGAUGUUCUGAGCUCUCAAGCGCAACCACAGGCACAAGUACAGGCAGCUCUUCCUUUAAAAACAGAAUCUGCCAAGCCCUCCCAAAGUUUCCCACCAACAGGUGAAAAAACCACCCCGUUUGAGUCUAAAGCCAUGCCUAGGCCUGCAUCAGACUCAAAAAUUAUGUCACAUCCUGGACCCAUUUCUGAGAGCAAGGAUCCAAAGCACGUUUAUCCAACUCCCAAGAAGGAAGAGCCCAAGAAAAUACAAACCAAGAUGAGUCCUAAACCAGAUGCCAAGCCAGUGCCAAAAGGGUCACCAACACCUUCUGGUCCACGACCUACCACUGGCCAAGUCGUACCCCCAUCUCAGCAGUCUUUAAAGCCUCAGGAGCAAUCAAGGCGUUUCAGUUUGAAUCUAGGUAGUAUCACCGACGCCCCCAAAUCACAACCCACAACUCCUCAAGAAACUGUGACUGGGAAACUGUUUGGGUUUGGAGCAUCUAUCUUUAGCCAAGCAUCAAACUUAAUUUCCACAGCAGGCCAGCCCGGAACUCAUCCACAGACUGGGCCAGCAGCCCCAACGAAGCCAGCCUCUACCCCAUCACAGACUCCUGCUGCUCAGGGACUACCCAAGUCCAGCAGUCAGCUCCCACCAGCACCAACCAAGGCUAUGCCUGUGAAAAAGGAAACAAAAGCCCCAGCAGCUGAAAGCUCAGAGUCCAAACCUGAGCAAGUUCCAGUAGUGAAGAUGAUAGAGAAAGACAAGAAGCCCCCAACCGGUAAGGUCAGCAAGCCUCUGCCUGCUGAGUCUGAAAAGGCACUGCUCACCCACAAGCCGGAUAAAAUGGCCAAAUCCAAGCUGACCUGUCCUCUUUGCAAAACUGAACUAAACGUAGGCUCUCAGGAUCCUCCCAACUUCAACACCUGCACAGAGUGCAAGAGUGAAGUGUGCAAUCUCUGUGGAUUUAAUCCAACACCCCAUUUGACUGAGAUUCAAGAAUGGCUUUGUUUAAAUUGCCAGACGAACAGAGCAAUAUCAGGACAACUUGGAGAUAUUGGCAAAAUGCCACCUGCACCAUCAGGACCCAAGGCAACCCCUGUGCCUGUGCCUUCAGACCCAUCAGCUCAGAAAAUACCAAUAGGGGUCCAUGUAAAAGGUAAAAAGAAAGAAACAGAAGUAAAAACUGAAACUGAAAAACCAAUGCCAGAAAAAGAAACACCAUCAACGGAGAAAAUGCCCCCGACGGUCAGCACAGAUGAAAAACUAGAAGGUACUAAAUUAGAGAAAAGCAAAAUUUCAGCCCUGCAAGACAAGAAACCAGUCUCUGAAGAGAAAAAGCCACUCUCUGAAGAGAAAAUGGGAAAGAAGCCAUCUGCUGAAGAGAAGCUGGCUUCUACUGAAGAAGAACCACCACUCGAAAGAAAGAAGCCAACCCCUAAAGACACGAAAUUACCCCCAGAAGUAAAGCCAUUGGUGUCAUUGGUGGGGGAGAGACAUGAAAUACUUCAAGCUCAAGAACAAAUUCCUGAAGAAGAACCCACAGGAAGAGUGGCCACAAAGGCAGGGCAGGAAGAGGGUCAGCCAGAGGCCAGGACUGGAGGUCUGACAUGCGACACACCUCAGACUUUGUCCAAGGAAGGAGACAAAGACAGCAGAGCAGUGGAGGCGCCCCAGGUGGAAGGCAGUACCAAGUCUGACCAAGGGGAGCCUACCAAAGAAAAACCAGAAAAGGAAGAGGACAAAUCAGAUACCCCCAGUUCUCAGCAGCCCAAGAGCCCACAAGGUCUGAGUGACACAGGAUAUUCUUCUGAUGGAAUAUCAGGUUCUCUUGGUGAAAUUCCAAGUCUUAUACCAAGUGAUGAAAAAGAUUUGCUCAAAGGACUCAAAAAGGACUCUUUCUCACAAGAAAGCAGCCCUUCAAGUCCCACUGACUUAGCAAAAUUGGAAAGUACAGUACUGUCCAUUUUGGAAGCUCAGGCAAGUACACGUAGUGAAAAAUCAGAAAAGAAAGCACAGCCCCAGAAGCUGUCUCCAGAGCAGCCUCAGGACCAGCAAAAAUCUCAGAUUCCAUCUGACACACAGGAUAUUACUAUUUCAGAAGAAAAGGACAAAGAGAGCCAAGAAAAGAAAGAGAGUUCCAAAAGGGAUAGCCAACAAGGCUUUCCUUCUAGAAAGGAUUAUAAAGAAAAGCCUGAGUUAGUUGAUGACCUAAGUCCAAGAAGAGCAUCCUAUGAUUCAGUGGAAGACAGCAGUGAAAGUGAAAACUCCCCUGUUAUACGUAGGAAGCGGAGAACUAGUGUUGGCUCAUCAAGCAGUGAUGAGUAUAAACAGGAAGACAGUCAAGGUUCUGGAGAAGAGGAGGACUUCAUUCGAAAACAGAUUAUAGAAAUGAGUGCUGAUGAGGAUGCUUCUGGCUCCGAAGAUGAUGAGUUCAUCAGGAGUCAACUUAAAGAGAUUGGUGGUAUGACUGAGAGCCACAAGAGGGAAGAAACAAAAGGAAAAGGGAAAAGCAUAACAGGGAAACACAGACGGCUGACUCGCAAGAGUAGUACUAGCUUUGAUGAUGAUGCAGGGAGACGUCAUUCCUGGCAUGACGAGGAUGAUGAAACAUAUGAUGACAGUCCUGAACUCAAAUUCCGAGAAACUAAGAGCCAGGAGAGCGAAGAACUUGUAAUUGCUGGAGGAGGGGGGUUACGUCGAUUUAAGACGAUCGAACUAAACAGUACCAUAGCAGAUAAAUACUCGGCAGAAUCCUCUCAGAAAAAAACAACUUUGUAUUUUGAUGAAGAGCCAGAAUUAGAAAUGGAAAGCCUGACAGACUCACCUGAAGACAGAUCUAGGGGAGAGGGAUCUUCUAGUCUCCAUGCAUCCAGCUUCACUCCUGGCACAUCCCCUACAUCAGUAUCAUCACUUGAUGAGGACAGUGACAGUAGCCCGAGUCACAAAAAAGGAGAGAGCAAGCAGCAGCGCAAAGCGCGGCACAGGACUCAUGGCCCACUUUUACCCACCAUUGAAGAUUCUUCAGAAGAAGAAGAAUUAAGAGAAGAAGAAGAACUGUUAAAAGAGCAAGAGAAACAGCGGGAAUUAGAGCAGCAGCAAAGGAAGAGUUCUAGCAAGAAAUCAAAGAAAGAUAAAGAUGAACUCCGUGCUCAAAGAAGGAGAGAAAGACCAAAGACACCGCCCAGUAAUCUCUCUCCCAUCGAGGAUGCAUCUCCCACAGAAGAAUUGCGCCAGGCAGCAGAAAUGGAGGAACUCCAUAGGUCCUCUUGUUCCGAAUACUCACCUAGCAUUGAGUCAGACCCAGAAGGGUUUGAAAUAAGCCCUGAGAAAAUAAUAGAAGUCCAAAAAGUUUAUAAACUGCCCACAGCUGUGUCUUUGUACUCCCCAACAGAUGAGCAAUCUGUUGUGCAGAAAGAAGGGGUUCAGAAGGCUCUCAAAAGUGCUGAGGAGAUGUACGAAGAAAUGAUGCAGAAAAACCACAAAUAUAAAGCUUUUCCAGCUGCAAAUGAAAGAGAUGAAGUGUUUGAAAAAGAGCCAUUGUAUGGUGGCAUGUUAAUAGAGGACUACAUUUAUGAAUCUUUAGUAGAGGACACAUACAGUGGAUCAGUAGAUGGCAGUCUGCUCACAAGGCAAGAAGAACAUAAUGGAUUUAUGCAGCAGAGAGGAAGAGAACAAAAAAUAAGACUCCCAGAACAGAUUUAUGAUGAUCCUAUGCAGAAAAUUACAGACCUCCAGAAAGAGUUUUAUGAAUUAGAAAGUUUACAUUCUAUUGUGCCUCAAGAAGACAUAGUUUCCAGCUCUUAUAUCAUUCCAGAAAGCCACGAAAUAGUGGAUCUUGGAACCAUGGUGACUUCCACCAGUGAAGAAAAGAAAUUAUUAGAUGCUGAUGCUGCCUAUGAAGAACUCAUGAGACGACAACAGAUGCAGGUAACAGAUGGAUCCAGUCCCACACAGACCACUGUCGGGGAUGACAUGGCAGAGUCUGCGAUGGAUUUUGACAGGAUGCAGGAUACAUCUUUGACAUCAAGUAUCCUUUCUGGAGCAUCUCUUACAGACUCAACCAGCAGUGCAACUCUCUCUAUCCCAGAUGUUAAGAUAACCCAACAUUUUUCAACAGAAGACCUCGAGGAUGAAUAUGUAACUGACUAUACAAGAGAAAUUCAAGAGAUAAUAGCCCAUGAAUCACUGAUAUUGAACUACUCGGAGCCUUCAGAAAGUGCUGCAUCUGUCCCACCGUCUGACACAGCUUCUCUCACAUCAUCUAUUUCUUCAGUUUGCACCACAGAUAGCUCCUCACCUGUCACUACCAUGGAUAGCCUAACCACUGCUUAUACAGAGCAACCAGAUGUAAUAACUAAAUUUGAAGUCUCUGAGGAAAUUUCUUCAUCAACUUAUUUUCCAGGCAGCAUCAUAGACUAUCCAGAAGAUAUAAGUGGAUCUUUAGAUCGGACCACUACACAAGAAAGUAGAACUAAUGGUGAUCAUAUUGUGAUUUCCUUCUCUAGUACAGCACCUUCUAUCAUGGAAUCUGUAGGAGCUAAAGCUGACAGGCCACAAGCUGUCACCAUGUCCACUGACUCACCUAUAUCUGAAAAAGAGCCAAUAAAAGGCAAGAAGGAAAUGGGGGAUGGAAGUAUUCUGGAAGUUUUGGAUGCUUACACAGAUAAAAGGGAAGAGUCUGAGGCUGAACUAACAAAAAUUGGCUUACCUGAAACUGGGUUGAUCCAAACACCUUCUUCUGUGAUAGCCCCUCAGAUGAAGGAACAACCUGUACCUCCGUAUUCUGUAUAUGGAAAGAUCUCUGGUCAGGAAAAUUCCACAUAUAGGUUACCGUCGGCCAGUGUUCCCGUUUCCACCCAUCCAUCUAAGUCUCGUGCAAUUUUCAGAAGUUCUUCUUUGGAUAUAUCAGCCCAGCCACCCCCUCCUCCACCUCCUCCUCCACCCCCUCCUCCACCCCCUCCUCCUCCACCUCCACCACCAUUGCCCCCAGCAACUUCACCUAAGCCAACCAUUCACCCUAAAAAAAAGGUGGCAAUUGCAGCUCCAGUGACUCCAACAACUGUUGUUUCAACCCACAUUGAUACUAUUACUACAGUAGAGGCCACAACUCUUCGGAAGAGUAAUGGGUUACCUGCCACCAAAAUAUGUGUCAGUGCCCCUCCUCCUGUCCCUCCUAAGCCUUCUUCAAUUCCAACUGGACUUGUAUUUACACAUAGGCCAGAAGCAAGCAAACCUCCAAUUGCCCCCAAGCCAGCAGUUCCUCAGAUUCCAGUGACUACACAGAAAACAACAGAUACUUACCCCAAACCUACAGGUCUUUCUUUAACUUCAAGUAUGUCCUUAAAUUUAGUGACUUCGGCAGAUUACAAACUGCCUUCCCCUACCUCUCCACUUUCCCCACACUCUAAUAAAUCCUCACCAAGAUAUUCCAAGUCUCUAAUGGAGACUUACGUGGUUAUCACAUUACCAUCUGAACCUGGGACUCCAAUAGAUUCUUCUGCUGCUCAAGCCAUUACCAGUUGGCCCUUGGGAUCACCCCCAAAAGAUCUGGUUUCCCUUGAAACAGUGUUUUCUGUAGUUCCUCCGAUGACAGCUACAGAAAUUCCAAGUUCUUCACAGCCAACCCUGUAUGGACCAGGAGCUUUGGAGACAUUUUCUUGUGCACCUGGUGUAAUACCAUCUCUAUUUCAAGGAGCUCCACCUUCAUUUACUCAGUUUCUUCCAACAGAAGCUGCAAAAACUGUGGUAGCCACAACCAGAAGUGCAGUCCCAAGCGUUGCUCCCAGAAGUGUCUCCAUUCCGAUUCCUCCAGAGCCCCUUGCUCUAGACAAGCAUCAGUACAAGGAAAAUGGAAAAUUGCAACCUAUUGGUGAUGCUAUUGAUUUGCGUACAAUACCAAAAACAGAAGCUAAAGCAACUGAAAAAUGUAUAGAUCUUUCUGCUUCUGCAAUGGAUAUGAAAAGACAGACCACAACAAAUGAAAUUUAUGGGAGACAGAUUAGUGCCAUCCAACCAUCUAUCAUAAAUCUCAGUGCAGCUUCCUCGUUAGUAGCUCCAGUCACCCUAGACUCUGAGACAGUGACUGUUGCCACAUGCACAAAUACUACAAGUUACACAAUAGGCACAGGAAGCCAAGUGAGUGUAGAGCACCCAAUGGCAUCACCACUCCAGCUAACUAUAUCAAAGCAUACUGAGUCACCAUACAGGAUAUCAAGUGGCCAGACAAUUCCUUUGAUUAGAGAUGAAGCACCAAUAAACUUAUCUCUAGGUCCUUCAGCUCAGGCAGUGGCAUUGGCUGUUACACAGCCUGUCACUGUACCUCCAGUCAGUGUCACCAAUGGAUGGACUGACAGCACCACAUCUCAGGGGAUCACUGAUGGAGAAGUGGUAGAUCUCAGCACAUCAAAGUCUCAUAGAACAGUUGUAACAAUGGAUGAAUCUACUUCAAAUGUAGUGACCACAAUAAUAGAGGACGAUGAAAAACCUGUUGAUUUGACUGCAGGAAGAAGAGCUGUGUGCUGUGACAUGGUUUAUAAGUUGCCUUUUGGAAGGAGCUGCACAGCACAGAAGCCUGCAACUACCCUUCCCGAAGACCGUUUUGGAUAUAGGGAUGACCACUAUCAAUAUGAUAGAUCAGGGCCAUAUGGUUACAGAGGGAUAAGUGGCAUGAAGCCAUCCAUGUCUGACACAAAUUUAGCAGAAGCUGGACAUUUUUUCUAUAAAAGUAAGAACGCUUUUGAUUACUCGGGAGGAGCUGAUGCAGCAGUAGAUCUAACUUCAGGGAGAGUGACUACAGGUGAGGUAAUGGAUUAUUCAAGCAAGACUACAGGUCCAUACCCAGAAACACGCCAAGUUAUUUCAGGAGUUGGGAUUUGUACCCCACAAUAUUCCACAGCAAGAAUGACUCCACCUCCAGGACCCCAGUAUGGUGUGGGAAGUGUUUUGAGGUCAUCUAAUGGUGUUGUCUAUUCUUCAGUAGCAACUCCAAUCCCCUCCACAUUUGCUAUCACCACUCAACCUGGCUCCAUUUUCAGUACCACGGUCAGAGAUUUAUCUGGUAUUCAUACAACAGAUGCACUGACUUCAUUAUCAGCCCUGCAUCAAAGCCAGCCAAUGCCUAGAUCGUAUUUCAUAACAACAGGUGCGUCAGAAACAGACAUCUCAGUAACCAGUAUUGACAUCAAUACCAGUCUGCAAACUAUUACUAUGGAAACUCUUCCUGCUGAGACAGUGGACUCUGUUCCUGCUUUAACCACAGCUUCUGAAGUGUUUUCUGAGGUGGUAGGAGAAGAGAACACUCUUUUAAUUGUAUCUGAUGAAGAUAAACAGCAACAGCAACUUGACUUGGAGCGAGAGCUCCUGGAACUGGAGAAAAUUAAGCAACAACGCUUUGCUGAGGAACUGGAGUGGGAACGUCAGGAAAUUCAGAGGUUCCGAGAACAAGAAAAGAUCAUGGUUCAAAAAAAGCUGGAAGAGCUGCAGUCUAUGAAACAGCACCUCCUUUAUCAGCAAGAAGAAGAGCGGCAAGCCCAGUUCAUGAUGAGGCAGGAGACACUAGCUCAGCAACAGUUACAGCUUGAGCAAAUCCAACAGCUGCAACAACAGCUGCACCAGCAGCUCGAGGAGCAAAAACUUCGCCAGAUCUACCAGUAUAACUAUGACCCCUCUGGAACUGCUUCUCCACAAACUACCACUGAGCAAGCAAUAUUAGAGGGUCAAUAUGCUGCUCAAGAGGGCAGUCAGUUUUGGGCCACUGAAGAUGCCACCACUACAACUUCUACUGUAGUGGCCAUUGAAAUACCACAGAGCCAAGGAUGGUACACUGUUCAAUCUGAUGGGGUGACUCAGUACAUUGCCCCGCCUGGCAUCUUGAGCACUGUUUCAGAGAUUCCUCUGACAGAUGUUGUUGUGAAAGAGGAGAAACAACCCAAAAAGAGAAGCUCUGGAGCUAAAGUUAGGGGUCAGUAUGAAGAGUUGGGGGAAAGUAUGGCAGAUGAUCCACGGAAUUUAAAAAAGAUAGUGGACAGUGGUGUACAAACUGAUGAUGAAGAAACUGCUGAUCGGAGCUAUGCAAGCAGGAGGAGAAGAACUAAAAAGAGUGUUGAUACCAGUGUCCAAACUGAUGAUGAAGAUCAGGAUGAAUGGGAUGUCCCUUCUAGGUCAAGAAGAAAAGCACGUCCAGGGAAAUAUGGAGAGAGCACCACAGAGGGUGACAAGAACAAACCCCUUUCCAAAGUCUCCAGUGUAGCAGUUCAGACAGUCGCAGAGAUAUCUGUGCAAACUGAGCCAGUGGGAACCAUAAGAACACCUUCCAUACGAGCACGGGUGGAUGCCAAGGUAGAAAUAAUUAAACAUAUUUCAGCACCUGAAAAGACUUACAAAGGGGGCAGUUUAGGAUGUCAAACAGAAACAGAUUCAGACACACAGAGCCCUCCAUAUCUGGGUGCCACCUCUCCACCCAAAGACAAGAAACGCCCAACACCUUUAGAGAUUGGCUAUUCGUCCUCUCACCUUCGGGCAGACACCACAGUCCAGCUGGCUCCUUCCCCACCCAAGUCUCCAAAAGUCCUUUAUUCACCCAUCUCACCACUCUCACCAGGCAAAGCGUUAGAGUCAGCCUUUGUACCUUAUGAAAAACCCCUCCCUGAUGACAUAAGUCCACAGAAAGUACUACAUCCAGAUAUGGCUAAAGUGCCCCCAGCAAGUCCUAAGACAGCCAAGAUGAUGCAGCGUUCUAUGUCUGACCCCAAGCCGCUGAGUCCUACAGCAGACGAAAGUUCCAGGGCUCCUUUUCAGUAUUCCGAGGGCUUCACGACUAAAGGUUCUCAAACCAUGACAGCCUCUGGAACCCAGAAAAAGGUAAAAAGAACACUGCCAAAUCCCCCACCUGAGGAGGCAUCAACUGGAACACAGUCAGCUUACAGCACCAUGGGUACUGCGUCCAGGAGAAGAAUGUGCAGAACCAAUACCAUGGCUCGAGCCAAGAUUCUCCAGGACAUAGACCGAGAGCUUGACCUCGUGGAAAGGGAGUCGGCCAAGCUUAGAAAGAAGCAAGCAGAACUUGACGAAGAAGAAAAGGAGAUUGAUGCCAAGCUGCGGUAUCUGGAAAUGGGAAUUAACCGAAGAAAGGAAGCCUUACUGAAGGAGAGAGAAAAGAGAGAGCGUGCCUACCUGCAGGGGGUAGCUGAGGACCGCGAUUACAUGUCUGACAGUGAGGUCAGCAGCACCAGACCAAGCCGAAUAGAAAGUCAGCAUGGCAUUGAGCGACCAAGAACAGCUCCUCAAACUGAAUUCAGCCAGUUUAUACCACCACAAACCCAAACAGAAGCUCAGCUGGUCCCUCCUACAAGUCCUUACACACAAUAUCAGUACUCAUCUCCUGCUCUUCCCACCCAAGCACCCACCCCAUAUACUCAACAAUCUCACUUUCAACAGCAGACAUUGUAUCACCAGCAAGUCUCACCUUAUCAGACUCAACCAACCUUCCAAGCCGUGGCAACCAUGUCCUUCACACCCCAGGCUCAACCCACUCCAAGCCCACAACCAUCUUAUCAGUUACCAUCGCAGAUGAUGGUGAUACAGCAGAAACCUCGGCAAACCACACUUUAUUUGGAACCCAAGAUAACUUCCAACUAUGAAGUGAUUCGCAACCAACCCCUGAUGAUAGCUCCUGUUUCUACUGAUAAUACAUAUGCUGUGUCCCAUCUUGGGAGUAAGUACAAUAGUUUAGAUUUGAGAAUAGGUUUGGAGGAAAGAAGCAGCAUGGUAAGCAGUCCAAUAUCAAGCAUAUCUGCAGACUCUUUCUAUGCAGAUAUUGACCACCACACUUCAAGGAAUUAUGUCCUAAUAGAUGACAUUGGAGAGAUCACCAAAGGGACAGCAGCACUGAGCACUGCAUUUAGUCUUCAUGACAAGGAUCUGUCCAAAACAGACCGCCUCCUUAGAACCACCGAGACACGUAGGUCUCAAGAAGUGACAGAUUUCCUAGCACCUUUGCAGACUUCCUCCAGAUUGCACAGCUAUGUGAAAGCAGAGGAGGACCCGAUGGAGGACCCAUAUGAGUUAAAGCUUCUGAAACAGCAGAUUAAGCAGGAAUUCCGUAGAGGAACAGAGAGCCUAGAUCACCUUGCUGGUCUUUCACAUUAUUAUCAUGCUGACACUAGCUAUAGACAUUUCCCCAAGUCUGAAAAGUACAGCAUCAGUAGACUCACCCUUGAAAAGCAAGCUGCCAAACAAUUGCCAGCAGCCAUACUUUACCAAAAGCAAUCAAAGCAUAAGAAAUCAUUAAUUGAUCCUAAAAUGUCCAAGUUUUCACCUAUUCAAGAAAGCAGAGAUCUUGAACCUGAUUAUCCAAGUUAUAUGAGUUCUAGUACUUCAUCUAUUGGUGGUAUUUCCUCUAGGGCAAGACUUCUGCAAGAUGAUAUCACAUUUGGACUCAGAAAAAAUAUUACAGAUCAACAAAAAUUUAUGGGCUCAUCGCUUGGGUCAGGACUGGGCACUUUAGGAAAUACCAUCAGAUCUGCUCUACAGGAUGAAGCAGAUAAGCCCUACAGCAGUGGGAGCCGGUCGAGGCCUUCCUCUAGACCUUCCUCUGUCUAUGGGCUUGAUUUAUCAAUUAAGAGGGAUUCUUCCAGCUCAUCACUAAGACUGAAAGCUCAAGAGGCUGAAGCUCUUGAUGUCACCUUUGGCCAUUCAUCAUCAUCUUCAAGAACAAAGCCCACCAGCCUACCAAUCAGCCAGAGUAGAGGAAGAAUACCAAUUGUGGCCCAGAAUUCAGAAGAAGAAAGUCCACUCAGUCCUGUUGGACAGCCAAUGGGAAUGGCCAGGGCUGCAGCUGGGCCUUUGCCCCCCAUAUCUGCAGAUACAAGGGAUCAGUUUGGGUCAAGUCACUCAUUGCCUGAAGUUCAACAACACAUGAGAGAAGAGUCACGGACACGUGGGUAUGACCGUGACAUAGCAUUCAUCAUGGAUGACUUCCAACAUGCUAUGUCUGACAGUGAAGUUGCGGUUGCAAUGUAUGAUGUUUCCUUGGUCUCCAAAGCCUAUCACUUGCGUCGGGAGGAAACGGAUUGGUUUGAUAAACCCAGGGAAUCUCGGUUGGAAAAUGGCCAUGGUCUGGACCGGAAACUGCCAGAAAGAUUGAUUCAUUCCAGACCCCUCAGUCAACAUCAAGAGCAAAUUCUGCAGAUGAAUGGCAAGAUAGUGCACUACAUCUUUCCUCAUGCAAGGAUAAAAAUAACUCGAGACUCUAAGGAUCACACAGUUUCAGGUAAUGGUCUAGGAAUUAGAAUUGUUGGUGGUAAAGAAAUUCCUGGACAUAGAGGAGAAAUUGGAGCCUAUAUUGCUAAGAUUCUUCCUGGUGGGAGUGCAGAACACACAGGAAAGCUUGUGGAAGGGAUGCAAGUAUUGGAAUGGAAUGGGGUCCCCUUAACUUCAAAAACAUAUGAAGAAGUACAGAGCAUCAUUAAUCAGCAAAGUGGGGAAGCAGAAAUAUGUGUAAGACUGGACCUCAAUAUGUUGUCUGAUUCCGAAAAUCCACAGCACCUAGAACUUCAUGAGCCACCUAAAGCUGUGGAUAAGGCAAAAUCCCCAGGGGUUGAUCCCAAGCAGUUGGCUGCAGAACUGCACAAGGUCUCACUCCAGCAGUCACCGUUGGUCAUGUCAUCUGUCGUGGAGAAAGGGUCUCAUGCUCACUCAGGUCCUACAUCAGCAGGAUCCAGUUCUGUUCCCAGCCCUGGGCAGCCAGGGUCACCAUCAGUGAGCAAAAAGAAGCAUGGCAGCAGCAAGCCUUCUGAUGCAACAAAGGUUGCCUCUCAUCCAAUUACAGGAGAAAUUCAGCUUCAAAUCAACUAUGAUCUUGGAAAUCUUAUAAUACAUAUUCUUCAAGCAAGAAAUCUUGUUCCUAGAGACAACAAUGGCUACUCCGAUCCUUUUGUUAAGGUGUACCUACUUCCUGGCCGAGGUCAAGUCAUGGUUGUCCAGAAUGCAAGUGCUGAGUACAAGAGGAGGACUAAAUAUGUCCAGAAAAGUCUUAAUCCUGAAUGGAAUCAGACUGUAAUUUACAAAAGUAUUUCCAUGGAACAGCUCAUGAAGAAAACAUUGGAGGUGACAGUUUGGGAUUAUGAUAGAUUCUCUUCCAAUGACUUCCUUGGAGAGGUAUUGAUUGAUCUAUCUAGCACGUCUCACCUGGACAACACUCCUCGGUGGUAUCCACUGAAAGAACAGACUGAGAGCAUUGACCAUGGCAAGUCUCACUCCAGUCAAAGCACCCAGCAGUCCCCAAAGCCCUCUGUGAUCAAAAGCAGAAGCCAUGGGAUCUUCCCUGACCCAUCCAAGGACAUGCAAGUUCCUACCAUUGAGAAAUCCCACAGUAGUCCUGGUAGCUCAAAAUCAUCAUCAGAAGGCCAUCUCCGAUCUCAUGGACCAUCUCGCAGUCAAAGCAAAACCAGUGUCACUCAAACCCACCUGGAAGAUGCAGGGGCUGCCAUAGCCGCGGCCGAAGCCGCCGUGCAACAACUCCGCAUUCAACCAACAAAACCUGCCAAUCACCGGCCUGCAGAGAGCUCCGUGUCCACCGGCUCCUCGGGCAGCAGCGUCGGCAGUGGGUAUAGCGUGGACAGUGAAGGAAGCAGCUGCGCAGCAGGGGAGACCAAUCUACUUCCUAUCCCAAGGAUAGGAAAGAUGGGACAGAAUGGACAAGACCCUGUGAAACAUCCAGGAAUGGGAGCAACAGACACAGAAGCAAAAACUCAAGUAAUGGGGGAAAUCAAGCUGGCACUGAAAAAGGAAAUGAAAACAGAUGGUGAACAACUAAUAGUUGAAAUUCUCCAGUGCAGAAAUAUUACCUACAAAUUUAAGUCUCCGGAUCAUUUACCAGAUUUAUAUGUGAAAAUAUAUGUGAUAAACAUCUCUACUCAAAAGAAGGUUAUCAAGAAGAAAACAAGGGUAUGCAGACAUGACCGAGAGCCUUCUUUUAACGAAACUUUUAGAUUCAGCCUAAGUCCUGCGGGCCAUUCUCUUCAGAUUUUACUUUUCUCUAAUGGAGGGAAGUUUAUGAAGAAGACUUUGAUCGGAGAAGCCUGUAUCUGGCUUGACAAAGUGGAUCUGAGAAAGAGAAUAGUUAAUUGGCACAAACUUUUGGUCAGCCCUACUCAAACUCAUUGAAGAUAAGUCUGCUCCAA